AUGUCGCCAUUAUCAAAGCCUGUCUCGAGCGGAAACCAAGCAUACCAAAAUGCCCUGUCCCAAAUCAAACUCGCAACUGAGAACGAGCCCGUCCUUCGGGAGUUGAAGCAUCUCGUCGACGUAGACGGUGCUGGCAGCUGGCCACCUCGAGCUACUCACCGCGAUACCUGGCCUGCAGUCCUUCGUCCAUACCAUGACAUCUACCUCGAAGUAAUGCCAUACCUAGCAACGGAGGAUGUAAUCACCGAUAACGAAAUCAAUACCGAACGCCGGAACUCCUUCAGAGAGCGCGUACGAAGAGCACUAUUUGAACGAGUAGACCUACCCAGUGUGAAAGACAUCCUAUGUGCCACCGAAAACAAAGACAAUUGUGAAGGUAUCUUGGCCCCGGCCUCAUACAACGGCUUCGGCGCCUGCAUCGCAACCAUGCGGCACGUGUACCGAUGGGGCGUGAUCCCCGUCGUCAAGGUUGCGCAGGAGGAGAAGAUAAUCGACUUCCCUGAGGAACUGAACUUACCCUGGCCGUUUAUAUGCCGACGGUAUGGGGUCACCUCGAAGGGGGGGAACGUCAUGACAAACUAUUUCUGCAACUUUGAUGAGCGGGAGCGCAUCGUUUACGAGAUUAACGGGGCGUUGUCGGAUCUUAUUCGCACUGCAGAGUAUAACUUUUCUCAUAUAUUUGUUGUUGUUGAGCGGUUGGCGCUCCCCAUAUACCACGAAAUGGCCAAGUCCAUUAUUCACUACACCCGCGGCAACAAGCACGCUUGCCUUGCCAGUCUUAAGGCUAUAGUUGAGCAGCUCCCUGGUCUACUACGCGUAUUCUACAAAACUCUCGUCGAGGCCCAAAUCUCACCAAAGGUCUGGAUGCGCUACGUUCAGGGUCCUUCAGGCUGGGGCGCUGGAGAGAUGAUUAACGGCGAAUACGUCGAAUACGACGGAUUAUCCGGAAGCCAUACUCCCUUUUUCCGUGUUGCAGAUGCGUUUUUGGGGUUGUCGCCGUAUUUUAGCGAGGAGAACAUGAGGCGGUAUAUCCCCGAGUCGCAGCGGAAGUUAUGUCAGGCGAUACACGAACAUGGGUUUCGAGAGAAGGCGAAAGAGGCCGGGGAUGGUUUGAUUGGUAUUGAGAUAGAGAAUAUGUUGAAGCAACUGAGGCUCUUCCGGGCUACUCAUCGCGCCAGAAUCCACAAAUACUUGGGCGUUCCUGCUCCCGAGCGGUUGAUUAUGACGGCUGGAAGGUCUGUGCUGGAGAGCGAAGAGAUUCCUGAGAUAGACACGGCGAUCAAGCACUUGGAUGGGAUACUGGAGAAGAGAUUGAAGAUGACAAAAUGA